AUGACGGAUUUCCUGAUGGACCCGACGGAGUUCCAGAGGGUCAUUGAUGUCAUCAUGAAGGAAAGGUAUGCCCAUGAGCAGUGCGUCGCAGACAAGGACUUGAGCCGACAUCGCCAGAGAAUGGAACGUAGUCGCUCGACAUCACAGACGUCAGAAAAGCGCAUGUCUUUAAGCAAUGCUAGCCUUGGCAGCCGUGCUGCAAAUUUGGGAAACUGUGGCGUAAAGUUGGGCGGUCGGCCACCGUGCAUCCUGGCAGGCGGAAGAGCUCCCGACGCUGCUGUGGAGGCCACCCCACGAAGCGGAUCCAACAAUAGCCGUGGCUUGUCCGACGCUCCUUUCCAGUACGGCAGUCUCAUCCGUGACUCCGACAAGGAAAAUAUGAAGGCCCUUACGGAGUGUGUACCGGAGUCCGCUGAAGCCCGACUGUUGUCUAAAGAUUGUCUCCCGAACACGGAAUCAGCUCCAGAAAAAAUAAACGUGUUUUCUAAGGAGGGGGAGGAGGAGCAGCAGGAAGGAAAGGUGGAUCCGGAGCCCCUCGUUGAGCUGUCUCAGAAACGGCGCAACAUCAUUCAAAGUCCUUCACCUGAUAACGAUAAUUCCCUUCCAGUAACAACGGGUGUUGAAAUGCAAGAACCACAAUCACUGCAUUUUUUUUCUCCUUUAUUGACAGAAAAUUCGCGAUAUGCAAUGCUUGAAGGCAAAUUGCAAGACAUGCAAAGCACUGUUGACAGACUCACACGUGAUGUUAUGCUUCUUGCGGUCAAUCAAACAAGCAGCGUAAGUAUGGUUCAAGAAGAGGAUUCCGCAGCGAAACGUCUUGAAAGUUUGAAGGAGUGUGGCAGUUUUACAGAGGAAAAUUUUCUUACUGUUGUUAUUGCGCUAGCCAAACGGGUCCGCCGUUUGGAGGUGGAUUUGGAAGCAUCCAUGGAACAAGUACGAGUGUUGGAGGCCGCCGCCAUUGAGCGGGAUAUGCAGUUAAACCGUACCAAAGUUGGACGUGAUGAAAUGGACACUCUUGUUAAGGCGUUGUCCAACACGUGCGUGGAUUAUCCAAAUGAACUCAAAAAUUUGUAUCGAAUGUGGGGAUUGGACCCAAAGGAUGUGCAACAAUCCCUUGAAGCAUCGAAUUCGACUUCUUGUACAGAUCUUCUUUUGUGUACACCACCGUUUACUCGUGUUUUAUAUCUACUAGUGGAGCGUAACGCUGAGAUACUGAGCACGCUUAAUGAUCAACAGGCCGGAAGGCUUGAAGCAGAAAGCCAUGCCCAUUAUGAGUCUACCUUGUUUCAUAAUCAUCGCGAUAGUGACUUUUUAAAGGCAGUACAAAAACAUCCCGUCCCUCUUCAUGAACAGUUGUUGGGGAUAUACUUGACGGAUGAAGAGGGCUUGGACGGGGUGCGGGUGAUAUCUGUCUCUGCGGCAUCCCCGGCAGCGCAGGCUUUGAAGUAUGGGGACGUGAUUGCUCAGAUCAAUUAUGUCACAGUACAUUCUGUGGCCGAUGUGUCGUAUGUACUUUCUCGCGCACGACCUACCGCUCCCGUUGCGUUGUCAAUUGUGAUGCAAAAAAAGCCUUAUGCGAGGACGGUUGAGGUGCUGCCUCUGGAACUUUUUUGA